GUAGGAGACGCGACUUCGAAAACAUGUCAAUUUUCGCGCUCCUCAUCUGAAACUCAAGGUGCUACCGUUUUAGUCACUAACUUUACUACGUGUGCUACAAUUAUAAGUGUAGAUUACAAAUUAUUAAAGGUUUUUUUUAUCAAGUGAGCCGGCGAAAUACUUUACACUCUAAUCUCCACACUUACGACUAAGAGGAAUUUUUACAUAGCCUAGACGCUUGUGACUGUGAUGAAAAUAAUAUAAUAGCAUUGAUCAAUGGAAAUCUGGAGUGUUGACACCUGAUUGACAACGAAACCUGACGAAGAAGCAACGCAGUAGUUAGACACCGAAAUUGUGCCCCAAAUUGUUUCACAUUCCAAAAUAUCGAAUAUCAGUGCCAUUGUACCAACCGAAGACGAAACAUUUUGUUGGAGUAGACGGACUUUUCAAAAUUCAACCUUGAAAUUGGAUGAAGACUGGUGUAGCCUACGUUUUCUAGUUGGCGACACGUGAUAUUUCGGAAAAUUCAUAUUCGAACUUCCGGUCCCCUACAGUUCAGGACUUGAAUUAUAUUAAGGAUUCUGACGGUCUCUUCGGCGGCAUUGGGACUUUGUUAUUAUCCGGGCUGAAAUCUGUUGAAAAACUGGUGCCUCUGAUGUGCAAUCACUGUCGCCUUCGUCACCGUGUCUUCAGAUAGUGUUGAGUGGGAGAUGUGGUUGUAGAAGACAGGUGGAAGGAAGGAAGGUGUUUGAAAAACCAUGGCUGGUGUUAGUACUAUGUACGCUCCUUCACCAUACACUGACUCAAUCAGGCUUUGGAACAUCGCUGGUGUAUUCAGUUAUCUGUCUGGCGAUAAGAGCGGUAGUGGCGAAAAAGGUGUGAGCCCCCAAACGCCCUCAGACGAAGCCGUUACUCCCACCAACGCCCCUGUGAGCCCGCCCACCUCCGCCUUGACCCCAACGUCUGCCAUAACCUCGGCUUCGGACCCUUCCAUGGGAGACGACGCCGAGUUCUUAAACGGUGCAAGUGUGCCUUGUUCAGUUUGCAACAAAAAAUUUGCCAAUAUCCACCGUCUACAACGCCACAUGAUUUCCCACCAGGAAUCCGACGUCCUCAGACGCUUUAAGUGCGAUGAGUGCGGGAAGGCGUUCAAGUUCAAACACCACCUCAAGGAACAUAAAAGGAUCCACAGCGGAGAGAAGCCAUUUGAGUGUGAACAUUGUGGAAAAAGGUUCUCUCACUCAGGUUCUUAUUCAUCUCAUAUGUCCUCAAAGAAAUGCCAGCUUGGACGUGGCAGGACUACAAAUGGUCUCUUACCAAGGACACCGCCACAGUAUCCAGGGACAAACAGCAAACGUCCUGUCCUCAAUCCAUCAUCGUAUCUACCCAUUUUGCCAAAGGAUAAAUCCCCAACACCAUCUGCUGACUUAGGAUACUCAUCCCCUACGAGACCGAUCUCCAGAGAUUCUCUUCUCAUGUCUCCACCUACACUUGUGUCUCCAAGUGGCUUGAACAGCUCCAGCUUAACAUCAGGACUCCCGCAAGGCUUCCCCCAAGGACUGUCACAAGGUCUUCAGAGUAACCUUCAAGGACUACCCCCUUAUCAUCCACUGAAUCCCCUUAUUCUAGCCGCUCACAUUCAUCCCACUUUGCUGUCUUUCACCAUGACCCAAGCAGCUUUAAACAAAGCCCAAAACGAUGGUCUGGAUGAAAAGGGGAAUUCUGCUGAAGCACAGGAGGAUGUUGAUGAUGAUCCCGAACCUGGUGAAUUGGUAAUAAAAGAAGAAACAAGGGAAGAUGAAGAGGAAAAGUCCCCAACUAUACAAGAAGAAUGUAAAAAGGAAGAGAGAGAAAUAUGCUUCCCAAGCAGGGACAGGGAGAGUAUGUCCACUUUAAAAAGAAUGCUGGAGAGUGUUAACACAACUGUAACCAAGCAACAGUUUGAGGAAAAAAUUUCCAGUGCCAAUUCUGGCUCUCUUCUAAGUUCAACUGCCAUCGCUGAUGACCUUACAUGCAAACUCUGUGGUGCCAUGUCAAAAGAUCGUCUGGAGGCAAUUUCUCAUGCUUAUAGGCAGUGCCCUCGACUUUCAGAAGUUACCCAUGCAAGUGAGCGUUACAAAGGUUGCCUAAUUGAAGGUCUAGCUGCACGAUUACAUGUCAUAGCAGAAAGUCAGCAACACCAGCAACAACAGCACCAUCCACAACAUCCUUCCCUUUUGAUGUCUCGGCAACAUUAUACUACAAUGAAUAGAUUGAAUACUGGAAAGGAAGAUGAAAGCGAUGCUGAUUCAGGUCAUGUUAUAGAUGAUGAAGAAAUGACCAAUGAUGGGAAAAAGGCGAGAGUGCGAUCACACUUCAGAGAAGAACAUCUAGUCAUUCUCCGUUCUCAUUAUGCAUUGAACCCAAGACCCAAGAAGGAGGAGCUCUCAAAUAUCGCUGAAAAGAUUGGCUUCCCAGUUCGAGUAGUGCAAGUCUGGUUCCAAAACAAUCGCGCCCGUGAACGCAGUGAGGGACGUUCCGUCACUCCAACCCCACCAUUAUAUUCACACUCUUCUUAUCCCUCUGAGUUCUCACCUUCAAGCUACACAGCUUCAAACUAUCCAUCUAACUAUGCUCCCACUUGCUACCCAACUCCCACCUCACAGGCGAGCAGUAGGGCUCUCAGCAUCACUCCAUACUACCCGUCCCUAUUAGCCCCAGGCCUAAUGUAUCCUGUUGGCCCAGGGAGAACCUCUCCAGCACCUGCUGACAGAGCAGAUGAACUUGAUGAUGAUCAGCCCCUGGAUUUGUCAACUAAAAAGUCGUCGCCCUCAGCUUCUCCUAAGCCUGCCUCCAUUCUCUCUGAUUCUGAUGCGGACUCAACGUCAUUGGCAAUUUCAUAUAAGUCAGAAUCACGCACUCCUACACCAACUUCAUUAAAUAAUAAUCUUACAGAGUGUAAAGAAGGAAAGGAAUCCAGUGUAGCACCGGCAAGUACAGUUCUUCCAUCUUCAGUGUCUGAGCAACAAAGCAAGCUAGCACAAAUUCUACAAGGUGCAAAGUUAGGGAUUCCUUCUCUUUAUUCAGAACAUGGGGAUCACAAUGAUAAAAGAAGUAGGGAUGAUGAUAGUGGAGAUGAAAGUCGCAAGAGACGUCGUGAAGAUGAAGGGGGUAGCUUUCAGUGUGACCAGUGUGACAAGUCUUUUAAUAAACCUUCUUCACUGGCUCGGCACAAGUAUGAACACUCAGGCCAACGUCCUUUCAAGUGUGACCUAUGCCCUAAAGCCUUCAAGCAUAAGCACCAUUUAACUGAACACAGUCGAUUACACACUGGGGAGAAACCUUAUCAAUGUCAAAAAUGUUUGAAGAGAUUUUCCCAUUCAGGCUCUUAUUCUCAACACAUGAAUCACCGGUAUUCUUACUGCAAACCCUACCGCCCAGAUGGUACUGUUUUAAUAUCCGAAUCAUCUACACCUGUUCCUUCACCUUCAGAAAGUGGGAAUGGUGUAAGUAGUACUCACGGAGAAGGAGUUUCCGUUAUUGUUACUGCAACAGCUGAUUUGAAAGCCGUUUCCCCUCUAGAAACGACAACAGACGAAGCCCCCACUUCUGCACCUUUAGCUUCAUCUCCUGAGCCUCUAGAGACAGCGUCCUGUUUGGUUAAAGAGGAAUUGGUUGCUAAACCACAAGAGUUAUAAUAGUUCUAGUGACAUUUAAAGUGAUGCAAACGUGUAAGACAACGAACAACUGUUUCAAAGAGUUAUUUCUAAUCAAAACAUUGGCAUGCAACGAGAUGUCAACGUUCAUGAUCAAAACUUGUGGUGAUUACAGUAGUUAAAAGUUUCUCUGAUACUUGACAUAUUGUUAAGGAAGAGGCUGCAUGUUUGGUGUGCAAUAUGUCGAGUAAUGUGCUAUCUUACAUUGCUAGAUUUACAUGGACAUACUAUGCAGUGUUCUUUGUUAUUUAAAAAAAAGAAAUAUUAUAUUUACUUUUGAAUAGGAUUAAUGUGAAUUCGCAUGUGCCAACUACUUUUUUCUUCUACACUUCCUCUGACAAAUUUUAACAGGGGUCUUUAAUAGUCGAGGGUAUGGGACAGCAUAUCUCAGUCCUCUCCGUCUUUCUUUCUCUCUCUCUUUCUCUUCUAGUUCUGUAGUCGAGUUAUGAUAGGCGUGAAAUUAAGCGGGUUGUAACCAUGCGACAUCUGCCAGUACCUAUGUAUAGUAAAUACUCAAAUUUUAAAUCGGAAAGCGCUGUCAGAAUUCUGCAUGGAAUGCAGUGUUACCAAGGAGUUGAGUAUUCCGUGGAAGUUACUCAGUUGAAUAUAUUUUCUAUGAUAUUAAGGGUUUUUAGACUCCUUAGUGUACAAUUUCACAGUGCAGUUUGCCUUGUUUUAUGAUAAAACUUGAUGGACUUAGGGAACUUUCAGUUUUAGGUGCUGUUGGUAACACUGCAGAUGAAAAUGAAAAGGAAAGCAGGAAUUCUGCCGAUAAAUCCGCUGUCUUCCAUAAAUGUACUAGAACCCAUAUUCUGAGCAUCUAGUACUAGUGGAUCCCUUGUGCCUCGUGCCAUCCUUUAAUGAGUGACAUCACCAGCUUCCAUGAUUAUUUUUCUUUAAUAAAAUCUUAUAACAUUUUCCUCCUAUUGAGGGUUAAGUACUAAAAUAAAUAUAUACAUAUAUAUGUACAACUUUCAUGGUGGCUGAUUCUGUCACUUAACUAGUCCAAAUUAAUCUCAACGUGCAAUCUCUGUAUUUUCUAGAUUUCCAAGGCAGGCAAUGAAACUUUAUUUUGAGGUAUUCUCAUUUCAAUGCCAAUUUGUGUCAGGUAUUCAUGUAAUGGUAGCAUGACCUCUCAACAUUGCCACCACUUGCAUUGUUAGUCAUUGCUAGUCUAGAAGAUAGUUUUUGUUGUCCCAUACUUGGCACCUGUUUAUACCCUUUGUCCAUAUGAGCUUCUAAAAGCCAAUUUCUUCUCGCUACUUUCUUGAAUGACGAAAACAAAUGCCAUUUUAACUUGGUUGUAAGCAACGAUUGUGCCAAAAUAAGUACUGGAGAUUUCUAAUAGGAACUUGUUAGGAAUGUGGAUAAACUUUAGAAUUUUAUUUUUAUCAAGUAUACAUAUGCAAAUUUAUUUUGUAUAGAGACCGUACUUCACAAUAGUGUACCAGAGUGCUUCCAUAUCACCCUGAGCCGGGCCCAAGGCUAUACACAGAGUAACGUCCAUGACAGGUGACUAACUGGCAGCACAGACCACUAAGGCUCCCAGUCAAAGUCUUUCACCUCUUCAUUAUUUUUUAGUCAUCCCCCAAAAGGAGAAAAAUAAAAUAUUAAAAGACACCGCAAAGGGGCUCUGUCCAAGAGACCCCUCUUAGUUGUAUUUAUUCAGUGGCAGUAACCACCUAAUGGUUUCUGACCAUACCAUCAUCCUCUGUCACAUGAACCCUUUUCCCGGCCAGUAGCAUUCCUUAAUGUUAACCUCUCUCUCUCUCUCUCUCUCUCUCUCUCUCUCUCUCUCUCUCUCUCUCAAUCUCUAUCUCUCUCUCUCUCUCUCUCUCUCUCUCUCUCUCUCUCUCUCUCUCUCUCUCUCCUGGUUGGUGGGUUCACUUUGGUCUCUGUACUCUGAGAAACUCUGGAAUUUGAUUGGCUAAGUGACCACCAUUGUCGAGGAGGUUUGAAUAAAGUACAUUCCCUUUUGGUGUUUGUUGAUCCGUAACCAAUUUUAGAAACUAGUACAGUACAUUUUAAUUGGAAAUGGCGCUGUGACUGCAAUGGUUGAUAUGAUGACAGACAGAGCCAUCAUGUUCUGAACGGUGUCGUGCCUUUUCAUCUCUUAGUGGAAUCUCGCUGUAUAUGUAUAUACUGGGCGCAAAGAUUGCGUUAAAAGUUCUUUAAAUGGUUUAACAGAUGUUUGCAUUCUCAAUAAGCAUUCCAACGUAGAUGCUAGAAGUGACUUUCAUUGUGUGAUAUAAAAGAGAAUGAUCCCUAAAUGUCCAUGACUGCGCGGAGAAAUUUAUUUUUUGUCCUAUUUGCUCUCUCAACAUUUCCCUCCAAAAUAUGGUAUUCCAUUUUACUAUUACUCUGUAGUAGUCUAUUCUAGACCUAGGGUUUUUCCUAUUAAUGUCCGAUCUUUGACUUUACCGUGGUGUAUAGGCUUGUGCAGUUUUAUCGAUCUCAGUAUAAUAUAUGCUCAUAAAUUUGUGCUUUCACUCAGAGACAAAAAAAAUUGAAGCAGUAUACUUUUAAAAUAAAAAAAAACUUAGCACUGGUCUAGAGCCAUUUUUCGGUGCCAGUUUAUGGGGUUUUGUCCUGGCUUUACCAUCUGUAUAUGUCAUUGUCCUAUCAUGGAUCUGGUAUGAAAUCUGUAAAUUAAAAUGAUAUGUAUAUACUGUAGACAAAUUAUAAAGAAAUGUAUAUGUAUAUUCACUAAAAUAUGUAUAUUGAUAUUCUGGCUCGAUUUCAAAGUGAUACCAGUAGACUUUUAAGGUGAUUAAUAUAAAAAUUGAACGAUGGUAUUUCAAAGGCUUCUGGACAUAACUUCUGCCUGGAUUCCAAGCCUUCCAACCCCUUUUCUCAAUGUUUCCUACAUCACUCCAUAUUGUGUGUUCGUGUGUCUGUGUUUAUCCAGUUCCUUCGAUUUGAGCUUGGAACAGAAUGGAAAACAUUAUGUAGUUCAUCAUCCCUUUUGUCUUUUAUAAGUGAUAACACAUAAUUAUGUCUGUUCAACAGGAUGCUUCCAAGUACAAAGUACGUAGAGACCCGGAUUGAAUGCAUUAAAUUAAAAAAGAUAAAAGAUACAAAACCCAUAAAAGCAACAGACAGUGGCUUUUCUGUGUCACUCAUUUCACUGAAAGAUAACGUUCCUACUAUACAUGUUUUUGGUCUACUCCAAUUACUACACUGUGCUUCCGUCAUAUAAAUACAGUAUAUAUAAAACUUUAAAAAUUACUACCCUUCCCAAUGCCCAAAAGAGACAAGCAGUGCAAUAGGUCCCACAAAAUCUUCUGAUAAUGUUAACUUUCUCCCUUCUCUCGUCAUAUUCCAAAUUAGGUUAUAAUGUGAUUUGUAUCUUAUUGUAGCUAGAAAUAAGCCUAAGGUUUAUAUGAUUACCUUAUUGUAUAUUUUCUUGUACUGAUAAAUAAUAAAGCUAAAUAUUGAA